GCCAUCCUCUCUCCCUGGUGCUGGCAUCUUUAGUGUCUGCAGUCUCUGGUCAUCUCCUGUACUAUGUCUGCAGUUGCUGGUCAUAUCUUGUACUAUGUCUGCAGUCUGUGGUCAUCUCCUGUACUAUGUCCGCAGUCUCUGGUCAUCUCCUGUACUAUGUCUGCAGUCUCUGGUCAUCUCCUGUACUAUGUCUGCAGUCUCUGGUCAUAUCCUGUACUAUCUCUGGUCAUAUCCUGUACUAUCUCUGCAGUCUCUGGUCAUCUCCUG